AUGAGUCAAGAGUUAGUGAAAAUUGAAGAGCGAGAUUUCGCCUUUCAAAACCGUUUACAAACAUUUUCCAUUGUAAAUAAUGGACACAUUGAUAUUAAACCAUUUCUUGAGGAUGCAUUUAAUUUAUGUGAAAAACGAAUAAGUGAAUUGCUUCAAGAACAUUAUAUAAUAAAAGUUAGUUUUUGUUUUGUUGGUGUAUUCGAAAAAGAAGUAAUCACAUUCGAAGGUGUUGAAAAAGAAACACAAACAUUAUACUUGCAUACAAGAGUUGAGAUGUUAGAUUUUGAUAAUGAUUUGAGAUCUUUCUACAAUGAAUAUGUUACUGAUGUCAUCCUACAUAGAAUUGAUGAUAUUGAGUUACGUGGAUCUGGAUUCAAACUUUCCGAGAUUAAAGAGUUGAAUGUGCAAGUUAGUCGUUAUGAUCCAUUUGGAGGUUCAUCAUACAUUAAAUUGCCGACUUUUCUUGAGAAAAAGAGAGCUAUUAUAAACGUACAAAACAGUGACAAUCAAUGUUUUAAGUAUGCCGUGUUAUCAGCACUAUAUCCUGCAGUUACAAAUGCUCAACGUGUUUCCAAGUAUAAAAAAUAUGAAAAAGAUUUGAAUUUCACCGGCAUUGAAUUUCCUGUGACAUUAAAAGACAUUUCCAAAUUUGAAGAAUUGAAUCCGGCCAUCUCUAUAAACGUUUACAUGUAUGAUAAACAAUCGUUCACCAUUAGACCGAUCCGUUUGACACAAUCAAUUAAAAUAAAGCAUAUCCAUUUGUUGUUACUCACUGAAACAACAAGCGAUAAAUACGACGGCUAUGAAGGUGAUGAAGGAAUUUUUUCUGAACGAAAAAUGCAUUUCUGUUGGAUUAAGAAUUUGAGUGCUUUACUGUGUCGACAAAUAUCGAAAAACUAUCAUCACAAAAUAUUUUGUGAUCGAUGUUUGAAUCAUUUCAGCCAAAUAGAGCAACUGAAUGCGCAUAGAGUAGAUUGCUUCAAACAAAACCAAUGUCAAAUUCAGAUGCCGCCGCCGUUAAUGGAUGAAAUAAAAUUUGCGAAUUACAAUAAUAAAAUGAAGGUGCCAUUUGUGAUUUAUGCUGACGUAGAAUCACUAUUGAAGAAACCUGAAAUAAACUUUUGUAAAGAUGAAAAGAAAACUAAAGCAUAUCAACAACAUGAGGCGUAUGCUAUUGGUUACUACUUCAAGUGUGCAUAUGAUGACACCAAAUCCUAUUAUCGUAGCCACCGUGGCCCCAACUGUAUCGACUGGUUUGUUGAUGAACUUAAAAAUAUCGCUAACGAUGUUGAACAAAUUAUAGAAGAUAAAAAGCCUCUCAACAUGACUUUAGAAGAUGAAGCAUUUUUCAUACUUUCCGAUGAGUGUCACAUUUGUGAAGAAAAAUAUGCUUAUCAUGAUGUACCCGUUCGUGAUCAUUGUCACCUGAGUUCUCUUUACCGUGGAAGUGCGCAUUCACGCUGUAAUUUAACCUACAAAGUACCUCGACACAUUCCGGUUGUAUUUCACAAUCUUGCAAACUAUGAUGCUCAUUUUAUAAUUACUGCACUUGCGUCGAAAUUUCCUGGUGACAUUUCCGUUAUUCCACGCAACGAUCAAAAUUAUAUUUCAUUCACCAAAACGGUGAAAAGUGAACGUACAAAAGAAUAUAAAGAUUUUAUUAAGCUACGAUUUAUUGACUCAUUUCAAUUCAUGGCAUCUUCACUCGACUUUUUGUCUUCGCUGCUACCAUCAGAAAAGAAAAAAAAUCUUCAUUCACAAUUUGGAACAUUGGAUGAAAAUCGAUUUAAAAUGUUGGAAAAGAAGGGCGUAUUCUGCUAUGACUUCGUAGAUCAAUGGCAAAAACUAGAAGAAAAAUCUCUACCAUCUAAAGCUGAUUUCUACAGCAAACUAAAUGAAAGUGACGUAUCUGAUGAGGAUUAUGAAUUUGCGUGUAAAGUGUGGAAAGAAUUUGAAAUGAAGACGUUGGGCCAAUAUUCGGAUCUCUAUAUGAAAACCGACAUUUUACUUCUUGCCGAUGUCUUUGAGAAUUUUAGAGAGACAUGCUAUGAGAACUACAAUUUGGAUCCAGCUCAUUACUACACAGCUCCAGGAUUAUCUUUCGAUGCAAUGUUAAAAUAUACUAAAGUGAAUAUUGAGUUGAUGACUGAUGUUGAUAUGUUAAUGUUCGUUGAAAGAGGAAUUCGUGGAGGUAUUUCACAAUGUAGCAAACGGUAUGCGAAAGCUAAUAACAAAUACAUGGAAGAUUAUGAUCCAAACAGUCAAUCGAACUAUAUAAUGUAUUUAGAUGCAAACAACCUUUAUGGUUAUUCAAUGAUGCAAAGCCUGCCGCUUAAUGGUUUUGAAUGGUGUUACAAGAAUUUCACAAAUGAUGAAAUUCUAAAUAUUUCUGAUGAUUCACCAGUUGGCUACAUGUUUGAAGUUGAUCUUGACUAUCCGCAAAUUUUACAUGAUAGCCAUAAAAAUUAUCCAUUUUGUGCUGAAAAUCAAACUGUUCCAAAUACAAA